AUGAAAUUAGAUACAUCAAUGACACUCGAGAAAAUUCGUGAGAAGCUCUCUCAACGUAACAAAAAUGGCAAAUCCAUCAUGAAGUCCGAUAUGUACUUUUGUAAUAAAGGAGGGCCGUAUGUGAUACAAGAGUGCGAAGAAGCAAAUAUUUAUCUCCACGAGAUAAUCGGUGAUAACAAUAAUCUCUGCAUUAAGCGAAGUGAGGUACUUAAAGAAGUAAUGCCUCGUUUGAUUAAAGAGAAAAAGUUAGAUUGUGGCAUUUACUGGGCCGAAAGGGGACCAAAACAGUCUGAUAAUGCAGCCUUCAAGUUUAUUAAAGAACCUGAAUUCGCAAAACAUCCCGCUGGCUUUAGUAAAUCUGAAUUUAAAAAUAAUAGCGAAGAGUUUUGUGAAAAUGGCAUUGGAUGGAAAUUUGAUUUGAAGGUGUCAUGGUUACCAUUCACUGGCUCGAUAGGCGCACAUUUUGCGCAAAGAGGAUCAAACGGAGUUGAACAUAAAUCACGCCGGAUAGUCGAACAAUAUAGUCGAGUGACAUUGUUUAUGAAAAGAGAACAUGUAAAACCUUCUAACGAAUUUAGAGAUGAUGUAGAGCAAGCUUUGAAGUUGAGCAGUCGAAAGGAGAAGCGUGAUGCAUUAAUUAAAGUUUGCGAGACGUAUGGUUUUUUUUGGGCGAGUGUGGUACAACUAGGAGGGUCAAUUAUUAAAUAUCAAAAAGAGCAUAAAGAAACCAAUGUUCAAUUAACUGAUAGAACAAUGGAUGCCAAUUUCAUGUUGGAAAGCACACCAAUGGGAGUAGGUGCUGGAAUAAAGCAGAAUAAUGAAACGUUGAAUCAAAACUCAUUUAGCAAUACAGAAGAGAAUAGUGUGGUUAUUGGUGGUCAUGAUCAAGCUUGCGGGAAUGAUAAAGAGCAAUGGCUUAAAACGCUUCACGAUUACUUUACCUGGGAGAUAGUAUGUUAUGAAAACAUAGUUCCGAUAUUUGAGAUUUUUGAAGAAAGUAUGCGAACUGCUAUUUUAGAAGCAUUUGGGCCAAGAAUUUGUCACUAUGGUAUCGAUGAAUUGAAGCCUUCAAGAUAUCCAUGGGUGCGUCAACUAAAAGUCAAAUCUGAUGUAUGGAAACAAAUUCACAAGCAUCAAGUUUUUGCAGAAGUCAUAUGUGAUGACAAGAGUAAUGCAAUAUUUGCUGUGAAUAUUGAACAAAUGGCAAAUGGACCACCAAAGGCAUUUGUCUCCAAAGUUCGGGGACAUAACAGUAUAUUACCAUUUGGGAAGACGUUGAAAAUAGCCUACAUUAUCACAGGAUAUCCACAAUCGUUCUCCCAAGCGGUAGAUAAAUUUGUUGAGGUUGAUGUUGUUGAAGGAGAAAAGAGAGAUAAUAAGUUUGUUGCUUCAUUACCAAAGACUCCAAAUAUUCAAGAUUUUGAUCAACGAGUUGUAUUAGUUACUUGCUAUGUAACAAAGCAAACUAUAUUUGCAGUGCACCUCCACAAGGAUGAUACUGAUAUUACUGAACCUACAAGCGUGGUAAUAGAGGUUCUUACAAAAUAG